UUAUUCGUAGUGUGACCAUGAGUCGGCGGCGUGCUGACUCCCAGGGUUCCAUGGGGCCCGAUGAUGAGGCCAUGCCGUACAGCGACGACGAGACGGACGAUGAGUUGGACGCCAGUUCAGAAGGCGAAGUGGAGGAAGCUCAGGGCCCCAUCCAUCCGCCAGUGGAGCCCAGAGCCAGCGACGUGUCCUGGAAGGUCAAAGCCAACGACCGGGCCUAUCAUCAGCUGCCGGAGUUUCAGAAGAAAGUCUUCCUGUGUUUUAAGAAGAGCAGAUACUCGGGAAAUGCCAUCAAGACGUACAAGUACAACGUCCUGACCUUCAUCCCUCUGAACCUGUUUGAACAGUUUAAAAGAGCUGCCAACCUGUACUUCCUGGCCCUGCUCAUCCUACAGGUGAUCCCAGAGAUCUCCACGCUGCCCUGGUACACCACACUGAUCCCCCUGGUGGUGGUGUUGGGAGUCACAGCCAUUAAAGACCUGGUGGACGAUCUGGCGCGACACAGGAUGGACAAAGAGAUCAACAACAGGAAGUCUGAGGUUCUCCUGAACGGAAGGUUUCAGGAGGCAAAGUGGAGGGACAUUCAGGUCGGAGACGUCGUACGACUGAAGAAAAAUGACUUUGUUCCGGCGGACAUCUUGUUAUUAUCCAGCUCCAACCCAAACAGUCUGUGCUACGUGGAAACGGCCGAACUCGACGGGGAGACCAACCUGAAGUUUAAGAUGGGACUCAGAGUGACCGAUGAGAGGCUCCAGGAGGAACGGCAGCUGGCAGAGUUCGACGCUCUGAUCGACUGUGAGGAGCCCAACAACCGUCUGGACAAGUUCACCGGGACCAUGUUGUGGAGGAGGGAGCGCUACCCUCUGGACCUGGACAACAUGCUGCUGCGAGGAUGCAAGGUCCGCAACACCGAGGAGUGCCACGGCCUGGUCAUCUUCGCAGGAGCCGACACCAAAAUCAUGAGGAACGGCGGGAAGACGCGAUUCAAGAGGACAAAGAUCGACAAACUGAUGAACUACAUGGUCUACACGAUCUUCGUGCUGCUGGUCCUGGUGGCUGCAGGUCUGGCCAUCGGACACACCUUCUGGUGGGAGCAGAUCGGCUCUAAGGCCUGGUACCUGUUCGACGGGAAAGACCAGGACGCCUCCUACCGGGGCUUCCUCAGCUUCUGGGGAUACCUGAUUGUCCUCAACACCAUGGUGCCCAUCUCGCUCUAUGUCAGUGUGGAGAUCAUUCGACUGGGUCAAAGCAAGUUCAUCAACUGGGAUCUGCAGAUGUACUUCGCUGAGAAGGACACGCCGGCAAAGGCUCGGACCACCACCCUUAACGAGCAGCUGGGUCAGAUCGAGUACAUUUUCUCCGACAAGACGGGAACGCUGACGCAGAACGUCAUGCAGUUCAAGAAGUGCACCAUCGCAGGACGUAGCUACGGUGACCCGACCACGGCUAAGGGGGUCCAGUUGGACCGAGGACAGCCGGUGGACUUCAGCUGGAACCAGUACGCCGACAGGAAGUUCCAGUUCACCGACCACGCCCUGGUGUCCUGCGUCCGCUCCAGGAAGGACAAGGACGCCGUGGAGUUCUUCAAACUGCUGUCCCUCUGCCACACCGUCAUGGUGGAGCACAAAGACGGUGAGCUGGUCUACCAGGCGGCGUCUCCUGAUGAGGGCGCUCUGGUGACAGCGGCCCGGAACUUCGGCUAUGUGUUCCUGUCUCGGACCCAGGACAGCAUCACCAUCAGGGAGGCGGAUCAGGAGGCCACCUACGAGAUGUUAGCCCUGCUGGACUUCAACUCCGACCGAAAACGGAUGUCCAUCAUCUUGCGCUGUCCUGAUGGGAGGGUUCGUCUUUACUGUAAAGGAGCCGACACCGUCAUCUACGAGCGACUGUCUCCAAACUCCAGACAUAAGGAGACCACUCAGGCCGCUCUGGACGUUUUCGCCAACGAGACGCUGCGGACGCUGUGUUUGUGUUACAAAGACAUCAGUGAUGCCGAGUACAACGCCUGGUCCAGGAAACACAAAGAGGCUCAGGUGACCAUGGUGGACCGAGACGCCGCCCUGGACCGGGUCUACGAGCAGAUCGAGAACAACCUGAUGCUCAUCGGAGCGACAGCCAUCGAGGACAAACUGCAGGACGGAGUACCGGAGACCAUCGCCAAACUGGCCAAAGCCGACAUCAAGAUCUGGGUUCUGACCGGAGAUAAGAAAGAAACGGCAGAAAACAUCGGAUACUCGUGCUCGUUGCUGACUGACGACAUGCAGAUUCACUACGGAGAAGACGUCAACGAGAAGCUCCGGACGCGUCAGGAAAACAGGAGGAACGAGCCUCUGACCCAACGACCAGGUAGAAAGAAAACAGCUGAACCGUUUUUCACCACGCCAGGAAAGAACGCUCUGAUCAUCACCGGAGGAUGGUUGAAUGAGAUUCUGUAUGAAAAGAAGAAGAAACGCCGCCGCCUACGUCUACAUCGUCUGGGAAAGCGACAGAUUCCCAGCAGUCCUCAGGACGGACAACCGAUGAACGACUGGGAGAAGGAGAUGAGACAGAUCGACUUCGUGGACAUGGCGUGUGAAUGCGAGGCGGUCAUCUGCUGCCGCGUCACGCCCAAGCAGAAGGCCAACGUGGUCAGUCUGGUGAAGAAGUACAAGAAGGCCGUGACGCUGUCCAUCGGAGACGGAGCCAACGACGUCAACAUGAUCAAAACUGCAGACAUCGGUGUGGGCAUCAGCGGUCAGGAGGGGAUGCAGGCGGUCAUGUCCAGCGACUACGCCUUCGCCCAGUUCCGGUACCUGCAGCGCCUCCUGCUGGUGCACGGACGCUGGUCCUACAUUCGAAUGUGCAAGUUCCUGCGUUUCUUCUUCUUCAAGAACUUCGCCUUCACCCUGGUCCACUUCUGGUACUCCUUCUUCAGCGGAUACUCCUCACAGGUGGCCUAUGAGGACUGGUUCAUCACUCUGUACAACCUGUUCUACAGCAGCUUACCCGUUCUACUGGUCGGACUCCUGGACCAGGACGUCAACGAUAAGCUGAGUCUGAAGUUUCCGAAGCUGUACCUGCCGGGUCAGCAGGGCUCGCUGUUCAACUAUAAGAACUUCUUCAUCAGUUUGUUCCACGGCAUCUUCGUGUCGCUCAUCAUCUUCUUCAUCCCGUACGGCGCCUUCCUGCAGACCAUGGGGCAGGACGGAGAGGCGCCGUCCGACUACCAGUCCUUCGCCGUCGUCACCGCCUCCUCGCUCAUUUUCACCGUCAACCUGCAGAUCUCUCUGGACACGUCCUACUGGACCUUCGUCAACUGCUUUGCGGUUUUGGGAAGCAUCGCCAUCUACUUUGGCAUCAUGUUUGACAUCCACAGCGCUGGGAUCCACGUCAUCUUCACUUCCCAGUUCACCUUCACCGGGGUGGCGUCCAACGCUCUGCGACAGCCGUACCUGUGGUUGACCAUCAUCCUGACCGUGGGCAUCAGCCUCCUGCCCGUCAUCUGCAUCCAGUUCCUCCAUAAAACCAUCUGGCCUUCAGUCGGAGACAAGGUCCAGAGGAACAGGAGGAAGUACGAGCUGGAGCUGGAGGAGGAGGAGAGGAAGAGGGCGCCGGCGUUCCAGCGCGGCCGCCGCUCCCGCCGCUCUGCCUACGCCUUCUCGCACUCCCGUGGCUACGCCGACCUCAUCGCAUCCGGUCGCAGCAUCCGGCGACGCCCUCCGACCCGGGGAGGACCCCAGGACAGCAUCCGGGAGGUUCCUCAGACGGAGGCGGAGAACAUCUGAUGGGCGGGGCUGGGGGCGGAGCCAGACUGAGCCCGAGACUGUCGAGGCUGUAAAUACAGACGUUGACCAUAGAGGAUGUGGACCAAUGGAGCGCUCCGAGACUCGGCUACUGCUCCGCCCCGAUGGGAGGGAGGGGACGUCAAACGAAGCCCCGCCCAUCCAUCGUCCACGCACAGACUGUUAAAGCUCACCGAAGACGCAACCGCCGCCGCCGGGGUUUCCUGUCAUGCGACUGUGUGACUGCUAAUGUUGUUAAACUCAGGAUUUUAAAGUGAAAAGACGUAUUUUUAGUUCCUUCAGCCACGUUUCUGCGUAAAUGAGACGCUCGACACGUCUCCAGUUUUAGCCUGAUAUUUAUGGAAUACUUGAAAUCACACUUUCAUCCGUUUAAUCCCUUUUUUUCUCCAAACAGGCUAAUAUUUUCACAUGUCAAAGCGCCUCCUUUUUAAUAUUUUCUUAUGAAAUAUGAUGUCAUGUUAAUAUGUCGGACUAUGCAAGGUGGUUGGAUGUUACAAAGUGUCUUAACUUAAAAAUAAAUUGUGAUUAUUUUCUUUAUCAGAUGUCUUAAGUGACCUUACAGACGGGUGUUUUAAUCACUAAUUUAAACAAGUUUCUUUUCGUUUCGUCCAUUAAAUCUGUUACGAGGCUGUAGUUUUUCUUCUCUCAAUGUUUAUUUUUUUGACUGUCGUUAAAUUAGAACUAACGAGUGUCGGCUCUUUAUCAUUAAUUCAACAAAUAUUAAUCAGGAUUUCUUUUGUGUUUGUUUCUUGUUUACAACAAACCCAAAGAAACUUUUCAGUUCCAUUAUUGACGUUAUCGUAUCCAGCGAACGGUGUGAAGCCAAAUCCAACCUGAUCUGUGACUGUUGUGGUCACCGUAGUGUUACUGUAUGCAGACGAUGUGGUUUUAUUACUGAGAGAGGAAGCUUCUGUCAUAUCAUGGUAUUUUAUUAUCUGCUUGUUAAUAAAAAGCCAAAGGCACAUGUUAA